ACGUUUUUGCAGAGAAAAUGUAGCUCAGUUGGAAAUUUGUGUGUGUAUGUAUGAAAAUAUAUAUAUAAAAAAAUGUGUGUAAGAUAAGGAAAAAAGUUUGUUUUCUUUCCUGUUUGGAAUGGGGAUUUACAGCAUGGAAAGUUUAAUAUUUGACAGAAUGACUUAUUCUAAAAGGAGAAAUUCGUGCCCUCCGCAAGCAUUUGGGUAUGCUAAUGGUCAGGACUGGCAGAGUCUUCUGGCUCAACAUGGACGGUUUUGGCAGAACUCAGUCUGGAAUAAUUGGUCAUCUAACAGAGGCGGUGAUCAUGCUGGAGCUGAUUUACCCAUAUUGUUUCACCCGGUCCAUGGUGACAACAUAGAGCUAACAAAUGAUCGGAGGCGAGCUAAACGUGGUGACAGUUUCUGUAAAGGCAUCUGCUUUAGCAGUCGUCCAAUCAAAUUGGGCGAGCGUGUGUAUGUAAAGUUCAUUGACACUUCCGGGAGUUGGAGUGGAGUUUUAAGGUUCGGUUUUACGAGCACAGACCCCGGAACUCAGCGGGGAGAGGAUUUACCGAGAUAUGCCUGCCCUGAUAUGACAAAUAAGCCUGGAAAUUGGGCAAAAGCUUUAGGUGAAAGAUACGCAGUUGCUGGAAAUGAGUUGUUUUUCUAUGUAUCAAGAUCUGGUGAUGUGUUUUAUGGAGUGAAUGGUGAGGAGAAAGGAUUAUUUUUCAGUGGAGUAAACACUAGUGGUCCAAUUUGGGCUUUAAUGGAUAUUUAUGGAAACACAUCAUGUGUAGAGUUCUCAAACCCAUUUCCUCAGCCGCUAAAUAACAUGGUAUCAAAUCAACAAUCUAUGGGUUCAACUGUGGCGAUGCAUCAAAACAAUAUGGCUACACACAUGUCUUCGCUAACAAUAUCAUCAGAUAACAGAAACAAUACACGGAACAGCCGGGAUGUUCCGUCAAGCCUUCCUUUGAGUCGAUUUCACGGGAAUGUUCAAUUUACGCCCCUUCCUUUUCAUAAUCUGUGUGGUCGAAAUAUACGCAUAUCCUCUGACCAGACUGUUGCUACACGAACAAAAGAAGAAUAUUGUAAUGCUUAUGUGUUUACGUCUCGUCCGUUACGUUGCGGCGAACAAAUUGUGAUACAGGUGCAAGGAGUUGAUCGCUCAUUUAUCGGGGGAUUAGCUUUUGGUUUUACUUCAUGUGAUCCAACAACGCUAAAAAUGGAAGAUCUCCCAGACGAUGCAGAUUUGCUUCUGGAUCGGCUAGAGUACUGGGUUGUAAAUAAAGAUGUUUGUCGGAGCCCUGAGAUUGAAGACGAACUCAGCUUCCAUUUAACUAAUGAUGGGGAGGUGCAAUAUUCGAGAAACAACUACAAAACAUCAACGCUGAUGCACGUGGACCGAACACUACCUUUGUGGGCCUUUUUUGAUGUCUAUGGUAAUGUUCAGAAAGUCAAAAUGCUUGGUACUUGUAUUCCCAAACCUCCACGACCACCGCAACCUUUCCCAAGGUCAAGGUCAACAUCUUCAGCUCUGACAGUCAGUCUGCCUCCACCACCACCACAGCGACAGUCGAUGAUCCCUAUGACCUUGCACCUUGGCGGUCAAAGUCAUUCACCGGCAUUGUCACGCAGCAUCAGCCAGCCUGCGCCAUUAAUUCCCCCAUCCCCUGGCACUCCAAAAUCCUACCCAACACAGCUAUCUACCCCAGCCACACCCAGCUCAAUAAACGACCCAAUACUGGACAAUGAAAACAAUGAGUCAGAAUGUAAUGUGUGUUACGAAAGACCAGUUAACGCAGUCUUGUAUACAUGCGGACAUAUGUGUAUGUGUUUUGAAUGUGCACAGGCAGUAAGACAAGAACGUUCAGCGUUAUGCCCAAUCUGUCGACAGGAGAUUAAGGAUGUGAUAAAAAUAUACAAGUCAUAGUGCUUAUACACGGAGGCUCAGCAAGAUUUUCCUGAACCCUGGAAAUGAGUGUAAAAACAUGUCCAGGGGUGUGAAAUGAGCCAAGUUUAUGGAAGAUGUAUGCAAUGUCUGUCUAGAUUCAAGACCAAAAACACACAGAAAAUGUAGAUAGACUAUUGUGCACUGAUGAAACAUUUUCUUUUUUUUUUUCUUUUUUUUUAUGUUCAUCCAGCUCACAUUCAGUGCUUGAUACAGAGAGGGUGAUAAUUCAAGAUACAUACGCAUUGUUCUGAAAAGUUUUGGAAACAUUUAGCUAAGUAGCUUUGAUGCACUAAAAAUGUCAAACACUUGAGUUCCUUUUAUUAUUUUUUUUAACAUGUACAACUAAAAUGUGAUAAAAUUGCAAUGUUUUCACCUUUUAACGUGUCAGACAUUUACAUGUAAAGAAGUGAAGACUUUCUGAUUUGUCAUGACAUACGAAUUACAACCAUUGGAAUACAACCCUAGAAUAUGAAGUACAACUUGCAGUAAGGGACACACAUAAAGAAGGACAAAUUAACUUAAUACAACAUAAAACAGUUGAAACUGGACAUGUCAAACUCGUUUAUUUCAAAAUUCAAGUUUCAUACCAAAAACACAUACCUGAAAUAUAAUUUUUGUCAAAUUUCGGUUAUCUUGAAGUAAAAAGCUUGAUCCUUUGGACUUUGAGAUACUGAGUUUCAACUGUAUGUUCCAUCAGAACAAAAACAGGAACUGAAAAAGUGGUCUUUUAAUAGACUUGGGCUUGUGAAAAUCGUACGUACUGACACUGUAGGACAUGGGUCUCCUUUCACUAACAUUCUCUAAAAUUGUGUUUGUGCAGUUGUUUUUAUUUGGACAAGUCAAACAAAAAUUCUGAUAUUUAGUUUUUAUACUGAUCUAAUACUGAUUUGAGCCGUGCCAUGAGAAAACCAACAUAGUGGGUGUGCGACCAGCAUGGAU